AUGUCCAGGCUGGAGGAUCGUGGUUUGGCAUCAAUCGGGCCGGUCGAGUCGCCCUGCUGCAAGACAAACAUAACGGAACCAGCGAGGAAUUACAACACCUCCCGCGGCUCUCUGGUUUCCUCUUUCCUUUUGUCGCAGUCCUCCCAUCCAUUGGAGGACGAAGUGGGGAAGAUCGUACCCGAGGAUGCCAACUAUGCCGGCUUUAAUCUCCUCCUUUUCGCGCCAUCGCCUUCCCUGGAGGUUGACAGGUCCGACGCAUCGUCCAUGCCAAUCCAUUACGAUGCGCUACUCGUGACCAACCAUGGCGGCGGAGGUACGCUGACCUCCCGACCUUUCCUGCCAAAUGAACGCGUCUGUGGCGGGAUAUCGAACGGCGUCGACGGCGCAGGAGCCGACCCCUGGCCAAAAGUGCAGCACGCGACGCAAGACUUUGGGGAUGCCGUCAGAGGACUGCCUGCAGGAGCCUCAGAAGCCGAGCUCACAGAGCACCUCUUCAACCUCCUUGCCUGGCAUCCCCCACAGGCGAUCGUGCACCGCUCAGAGCUCCGAAAUACGGUCCACGUCCUCCCCGUCCCGAUCAUCCUCGACGGACCGGCAAGCACACAUCCGACGCCGUCGUACUAUGGCACGCGUCUCUCGACCGUGCUGCUUGUAAGAAAGGACGGUGAGGCGGUUUUCAUCGAGAGGGAUAUCUGGCAGCUCGAGAAGGAUGAAGAUGGGAAGGAGCGGCCGGUGAGAUCUGACCCGCCCACCGAGCGACGCUUUCGGUUCAAGUUGCAGCUCGAUGGGAGUGUAACAUAA